UCUCUCUGACGUACAGCAAAAUGGCGGUGGCCUCGUUACAAUGGGGACUACAGUUGGGCACUUGUUAGCCAACUUAUUGUGAAUAACUGCGAAUUCGUCGUACACCUGUCCGUUGUGGGUAAUUUAUCCAGACGCCUACAUGUUAAAGCAGUCCAGUGCAGCGGGUCCAUCCACCGCCUCACCUCAGUCAAUGAAGGAAUCGAAGGACAGCUUGUCAAUGACUGGCCAAGCAAUUCUGGACCACAUCAAGCCAUGCUGGUACUGGGACAAGAAGGAUUUAGCCCACACUCCCUCUCAGUCUGAGGGCCUGGAUCCUGGAACAGAGGCCCGGUAUCGGAGAGAGGGAGCACGUUUCAUAUUUGACGUGGGAACCCGGCUUGGCUUACACUAUGACACACUGGCAACUGGCAUCAUAUAUUUUCACCGCUUCUACAUGUUUCACUCAUUUAAGCAGUUUCCCAGAUAUGUGACUGGGGCUUGCUGCCUUUUCCUGGCUGGAAAAGUCGAGGAAACGCCAAAGAAAUGUAAAGACAUCAUCAAAACAGCUCGAAGCUUACUGAAUGAUGUGCAGUUUGCUCAGUUUGGAGAUGAUCCAAAGGAAGAGGUGAUGGUGUUGGAGAGAAUCUUGCUCCAGACUAUCAAAUUUGACCUGCAGGUGGAGCACCCCUACAUGUUCCUGCUGCGUUAUGUCAAGCAACUCAAAGGGGAGAAGAAUAAAGUUUGCAAAGUGCUUCAAAUGGCAUGGACCUUUGUCAAUGACAGCCUGUGCACCAUGCUGUCUCUGCAGUGGGAGCCAGAGAUCAUCGCGGUGGCUGUCAUGUAUCUGGCAGGCCGCCUGUGUAAGUUUGACAUCCAGGAGUGGACUGCCAAACAGUCAUCACGCCGCUGGUGGGAGCAGUUUGUCCAGGAUGUCCCAGUUGAGCUGCUCGAAGACAUUUGCCACCAGAUCCUGGACCUGUACUCUCAGGGAAACAAGCCCAUCCCUCAGCAGAUGCAGGAAAAGGAGCGGGCUCCUGCUCUCCCGACCCCUGCCCCUCCAGCUCCACAGGGGCAGCCCCCGGUCACCAACCCUCCUCCCCCUCCACCAAAGAAGACUUCUCCUCAGGGUGGCAGCCCUGCACGCCAGCUGAAACGCUCACAUACAUCCCCAAAAGAUGAACCAAAGGCUCCAGAACAAGUUGGAUCCAAGAUUCCUCGUUUGGAGAGCCCCAUGCCUCCACUGCCCACAUCGCAGCCUCCCCCAGCUCCUCCUGCAGAAGCAGAGCCAAGUGAAGCGGCUCCUCCGCCUCCACACGCUCCACCACCGCACCAGCCUCCUCCCCUGCCCCACCGCCCUCCUCCGCCUCCACCCUCCAACUACAUCAUGUCCACUACCAGCUCCUACAUGUCUGGAGAGGGUUACCAGAACCUGCAGUCCUUGAUGAAGACAGAAGGUCCCUCCUACGCCCCCAUGCCACCCAGCUACGCACCCCCGAUACCACCGUAUCAUCCACAUGUCUAUCCACCACCUGCAGCACCACCUCCAGGACCACCGCCUCCUCCCUCCAGCUACCCGCCACCCAGCUUACCACCAACCUAUCCGCCUCCUGGCUACAACAGCUACCCACCACCACCACCUCCACGCAUGCCGCCAGGCCACGUACCACCUCCAGGGAUAGGCCUUCCACCUACCGGGUACCCUCCUCCUCCUGUGCCCCCGGGGCAGUCGCAGGUGCCCCUGCCCCCUCCACCUGGCAUGCCUUUGAACCGCGGUGGAUGGAUGAGAUGAGAGUGUUAUGACAGUGAAUGAACUGAGGCUGUACAGAGCCAAAAUUGGGGACUGUAUGAUUCAACCAGCAACUUGACAGGGGGAGCUGGUUCAUCUCAAGCACAACAACUGAUAAACAGGUGUGUUGUGGACGAAGACCUGUUAGCAAAUAGACUUGAAAGGAAAAGUGAGGUCUGGACAGUAUUGUUAUGAGAACUGGUCGGUGGAUAAUUUCCUGUCACACAUAUUUUGAAAUUGUGACGUUACGCGUGUGAGAUGGAUACGUAGAGCGCCCCAUUCCAGGAUCUUGCAUCAAUCUGUGUCCCCUCAUUGUUCUUUUUUUCUUUUUUUGUGUGUUUUUCUUUUGUAAUCUUGUCAAGAAUGGUUCCUCUUGCUAAUUAAUAUAUGUGGCAAUGAAGUGUCCACUUUUCACUUCACUACUGAGAGGAUCAAGGGUUGAGUCUUAUAUAUUCCCAUCUAUAUUCUGUUGCCCUUACCAUGUUGGUUUUCUUGGUUCCCCGUCAGGCCAGUGUCAUUUUUCCUGCAGUCUGCUUUUUUUCCCCCUCUCUCUACAUUCCCACUUUGUUUUGCUGACUAAAAAAGUGUAAUAAGAUCUUGAGGUGGUUGAAUAUGCAGUAGUUGAAUCUAAAAAGGACUGUAGACUUAAAAAGCUGGUAAAUAAACAUGCUCUAUAUACAUUGGCACAUUCUUUUUUUUCCUCAUUGCGUUGUACUGACGCCACGUUGCAAGACAUUUCUGCUAUCAUCAGGUGCUGUAAUUAAAAAAAUAUAUGGCAUUGUCAUCUUAUUCUCUGUGAAUCUGCACUGGAGACCGUACUAAAUGCUGUACAGAACAAACCCUGCAGCCAUAUCAACUAUUUCUGACACUGGACAGUACAAGGUAAAUUUGUAUGUGUAAAACGUUUUCUCUUUGGCAGAUUUUUUUUUUUUGGAAAGCUUUUUUCUAUAUGUGCCUUAGUCAGGCUUCUGCUUUCUGUAUCCUGCACACAGCUUUGGUUCUUAUAACAUUAAAUACAUGCUUCUCCUA